ACUCGUGAUUAAAUCAAUUUAAAUGAUAGUGGAGUGCGCAAGGUUUUCAAGUGCGAGUAGGGAUAUGGAAAAAAUUUGAAUUAAUAAUGAGAUUCACCUUGACCGUGGCCGAAAUCGUGCUUCCGUUCAAUUUGCAAGUUAGUGUCGCAUCAGAAGCGUGAACAAAGCCAUGCGACGCGGUUUGCUAAUGAGCACGCCGAUCUUUACCUCGCUUUUCGCCUCACUCGCAAUUGCCGAUUCCGCAGUAUCUGAGGCGGUCAGCAACAUCUCGAUCAACAUCAACGCGGGAAGCGAGACGCCAGUACACUGCAACUGUAUUUCUGCGGGGGAGUUUUCCAACAGAGCAGCAGAGCUGAAUGAUACGCUGCUGGCAAUCAAAAAUGACAUCGGCAACGAGAUUAAAGCACUCACCGACUCUUUGAAGGAGUUGCACAGAAAGAUAGAUGCUACCAAUCAAAGCGUCUUUUCAAACGCCGACCGACGGUUGCAAGACGCAAAAAACGAUGUCCAUCUGAUAGUGAAUGCGUUCAUUACCAACAAGAAUUUCCCUAAAUUGCUCCUAAGCAAAUUUGUAUCGAAUUGGUACGAAGCGGACAGACUCUGCAAACGGCAUGGAUUUCAGUUGAUAAGUAUCCAGAAUGCUACUAAAGCGCACGAAGUUUGGAAAUUCGCGUCAACAUAUAGCCGGAGCAAUAUUUGGACAUCGGGCACAGAUCAAAGUAAAACCCCUGGAGACUUUUAUUGGCUCACCGGUACCAAGGUUUUAGAGGAUUUGUUUCAAGCAGGCCAGCCGAACGGCUAUGGAUACGACUCAGACGUGUGUUUGGCAAUUUACGAUGGCAGCCUGGCAGAUUUUCCAUGCAACGAAAUGUAUUUCUUUGUUUGCGAAGAUCUGAGACCUUAAUUUUUACGAUUUUCAAGUUGGUUGUAAUUAUGACGUAAAAUAAAGCUGGCAUGAUAAACAAG